UAUGGCAUCUAUCAAUUAUUUAACUUUAAGGCCUGAAUAAGCUUAUAAAAUUUAUGAUGGUACACUAACUCCAUGAAUAAAUUUAGACUACGUUAAGGAAGGAAAGAAUAAUGAUGCUUUAUUGAUCCUAUUUCGAUAUUUAUCUAGUUUUGGUUAAAGAACCAGAAAAACUACAACUUCCUAUCAAGAUUAAGGAGAUGUGAGUGUGGCAAGCAAUAUUUAGUAUCUUUAUAAAUUGAUGGUAAAAUUAAUUAAGAAUUCUUUAGCAAGCAUAUAUUGAUUUAAGAUUAUUUGUUGGAGUCAAUUAACCUGAUGAAUAAAAUUAGUUAAAGGAAGUUUUUAAGGCUUAUAGGCAAAUGACUUAACAUAAUCACUUUGAUGCUUUCGCUGAUAUUUUGAAAGAAUAUCUAGUAAAAGUAGAAAAGAUUUUUAGCGAUAAAGUUAAAUAAUAUGAUGUUGAAGAAGUAUCAAAUUUAUAGAUUUUUAUAGCUUAAGAAAUUACCAUUUGUUGGACAAUUAUCCUAUGAAGAGCCAGCUGAAGAGUUGCUCUAUCUAUCAUUCGAUCCUGAAGCAAAAUAACAGAAGGAUCAUUAAAAGUCCUGCUUAAGGCUUUUAUGGGAAACUUAUAGAACAGUGAUGGAAAAUGUUAAGUGGAAUGAGAAAUUAGAAGAUGUGUAUUUUGAAAUUUUAAAGAAGGUGAGUGAAUUUUGUUUGAAAUAUAAACGUAAGGCUGAAUUUUAAUGGUUCUGCGAUCAAACAAACAGGUUAUAUAUAUUUUUGAUAGUUUUCUAGAUUUGUGUUGGAUUUAAAUGAAAGAGAAUUAGACAUAAAACGAAAUCCUACUCAUGUAGACUUGACAAAACCAGCUACUAAUGACAAACAUGUAAAUGCCAUUUUUGAUAUUGUUAAAACAGCUAUGGCCUUAGACAUGCAAUCAGAAGCAUCCAAAACAUUAGAAACUGUUAUGGUGCUCAAGUCAAUGAGGAGAGGUAAUUUCAAAGCAUCCUAUCUAAUGCUCUAUUAUGAUUUACUUUCUUAGAUUUUUUAGAAAUCUGGGAACAGUUUAUUUUAAGCUUUUGCCUAUUAUAAUCAUUAUUUAGCAUUUAAAAAAAAGCCAGUUUAAACAUAAGAAGAAAUUAAACGUAAAAAUGUUGAAAUUAAUGAAAAAUUAUCUCAUUUAGUUUUGUCCGUAUUGGUCAUACCAUUAUUAAGUUCUGAUUUCAAUCAAAGAGAUAGAACAACUUCUUUGUUUGAAAAAGGAACAAAAAUACCAAGAAGAGAAGAUUUAUUAAAAAUUCUAGGAGAGAUGAAUGCUGUCAAAUUUGUUUAACCAAUAAUUUAAAAGGUUUAUCUCUUAUUAGAAAAUCAAUAAGAUUUAUUGACAGUAUCUGAUUAGGCCAAUCGAGUUUUUACUGAAUUGAGACAAAAUGAAAAAUAUUUAUUAUUUAUCCCUCUGCUUGAAGAAAAUCUUGUUGGAUAAGUAUUGAAAAGCAUAUCAAGAAUUUAUAGAACUAUUAAGUUAGAUCAAUUAAAAGACUUAUUGAAGUUUACUAAUUCAGAAACUAUAUUCCAAACUUUGAUAUAUUCAAAUUCAAAUAAGUUUAUCAGUUGCAAAGUUGAUUUUUAAUCAUAAAUUGUAUCUUUCAAUUCAAAUCAAAUAUCAAAUGAUUAAUAAAUAUUGCCAUCAGUAUUAUUAAAUUUGUAGCCUUCAAGAACAGUUCAAGAUCCAAUUGAACAAGCUAAAAAACAACUGGAUUCUUCCAAUCUUGUCAUUUUAACAAGAUAAUAGACUCUGAAAAAUUUGAAUAGAUUGGCAGAUCCAGAUCUUAUUAAAAAGAAAGUGGAUGAGGAUAAUUAAAAAGUUAUUUAAGAAAUGAAGGAGUAAAGAAGAUAAGAUGAGGAAAGAAAAAAAUUUGAAUAAGAGAGAAUAGCUGAGAUGGAAGCAAAGAAGGCAAAAGAAAUAGCUAUUAGAUAAAAGUUAUUGCAAGAUAUUAUCAAAUUAAAAGGAGGAAAAUAUGUCACAUUUGAAAUCAAUGGAGAAAGAAAGAAAAUUGAAUUACUAAAAGAUUACCAUUUAUUAAAUAUAGAUACAGGAAUACUAUAGGAUAUAAAAAAAAAAUUUGAGGAAGAAGCAAAGAAAGGAGCUGAUGAUAAAUAUUUGAGAACUUUUAAAAAGAACGAUUAUAUUGAAAGAGAGAGAGCCAUCAUGGAAUCCAAGAUCAUAACUAGCUGGCCUGAAGAUAAUAUUGAAGAAGCCUAAAAAAAGCAUUAAGAAUAGUAUCAAGCAAACCUAAAAUUAAAAGAAAGCUUAACUGAUGCAUUUAAAUAUCAUGAUGAAAUAAUUGCUUAGAAAAGACAAUAGAAGGAAAAGGAAUUUUAGAAAUAAGUUGAAUAAUUUAAAGUAGAAUUAACUUAGAAAUUUAAAAAGCAAAUAUAAGAUAGAGGAUUGGAAUUAUUCAAAUAGGAUGAAGAAAAGAAAUUAAGAGAGGAGGAGGAAAGAAAGAAAGAAUAAGAAGAAAAGGAAAAAAAAUUAAAAACCGUAUAGGCUGAAAAAUAAACAGCUUUUGAAAGUAAAUUUACUAGAAGUACUUUUUAAUCCCAAACCUCAUAAUCGUUAUAAUAACAGUAACCAUAAUAACCUAUCUAAUAACCACCUUAAUAAUCAGCACCAUAAACAUAAAUUGGAAGAAAUACUUUAGGAUUUAGUAACUCUAAGCCAUAAGUUGAAACAUAAUAGAACAAGCCUAUUUAGCAAUUUACAAGAAGCACUGCCUAAUCCUCACAAUAACAACAAUAAGAGCAGCCAUAAUAAUAACCACAAUAAAAUUAAUAAUAAUAGCCGUAGUAACAGUAAAGACAGAUAUAAUAAUCAACAACUCAACCAGCACAAAAAUUUUAGAGAAAAAAAUGA